AUGACCAAGCGCGUCCUCGCCCUCUUUGACGUCGACGGGACCCUGACGGUGGCACGCAAGGCUGUGAAGGUGGGUACUGUCGGCGGCUCCGACCUCGCAAAGCAGCUAGAGCAGCUGGGCAAGACAGUCCUGGAGGACUUUGACUUUGUGUUUGCUGAGAAUGGUCUGGUGGCGUAUGAGGCGGGUAAGCUGCUGGCGGUGCAAUCGAUUGCCAAGCACCUGGGAGAGGAGUCGCUGCAGCGACUCCUCAACUUCAUGCUGCAGUAUCUUUCAGGCAUCGAGCUGCCAGUAAAGCGUGGCACCUUCAUCGAAUUCCGUAAAGGCAUGCUGAAUGUAUCGCCCAUUGGACGCAACUGCUGCCAGGAGGAGCGGGACGCCUUCGAGGUGUACGACCUCAAGCAUGGCAUCCGGGCAAAGUUCCUCGAGGUAUUGAAGGAGAAGUUUGCAGACCUGGACCUCACCUAUUCCAUCGGGGGUCAAAUUUCCUUUGAUGUGUUUCCAAAGGGCUGGGACAAGACGUAUUGCCUUCGGUAUGUGCGAGAGCAGUUUGAUGAGAUCCACUUCUUUGGCGACAAAACCUUCGAGGGUGGCAACGACUACGAAAUUUUCGAGUCUCCAGAGACCAUCGGCCACACAGUGAAUGGCCCUGCCGACACCAUUGCCCAAACCACUAAGCUUUUCUUGUGA